AUGUCGGGAACUACGAUUGAUGACGUCGUAAAGCGACUUAGCAGCGCGGAUAUUGAUACCAAGUCUAAGGUAGAAGCUGCCACUACGCUACGCGACUCCCUAGAUCACUACACAAAUGGUCCCAUUUACCCGCCUUUCCUCAAGAGGUUGAUGCCUAUCUUUGUCAACAUCUUGCGCGGACCCUGCAUCUUCCAGAGCAACUCGCCAGAGCAGAAACUGCGAAACUGCAUUCUUGAAGUCCUUCACAGAUUACCUAGUGCGCCGUCACCUGCCGAACCCCUCGAGCCAUACGCCGUUGAAGUCGUCGACCUGUUGAUACAGCUGGUACGAACCGAUAAUGAAGACAAUGCGACUCUAUGUGUCAAAAUCACGUCCGAUAUUAUGCGACACCAGCACAAGGCGCUCCAGGGCAAAGUUCAAGAGUUCCUGACGUUGAUUCAGGAGCUAUUUGAGCAAAUGGACAAGGUUGUGCGCGAACAGCUGGACAAUGGUACUGCUCCUCCUUUGGCGGCUGGAGGUGCGCCAUCUACACCCGGUGGCUCACAAAACUUCCAAUCUCCUCGGCCGGCAUCGCCCGUUGCAUCUGUAACUGAACUCGGCGCCGAUCCCCAACUACAGAAUCGCCCUCUUCUGAAGGGAAUGCAGUCUUUCAAGGUUCUGUCAGAGUGUCCGAUAAUAGUGGUGUCGAUAUUUCAGGUGUACCGCGGUACUGUACCGCAGAACGUAAGGGCUUUUGUACCCCUCAUCAAGUCAGCACUGCAGCUUCAAGCCAGCGCGCAGAAGCAGGCACAUGCGGAUGCCGCUGCCAAGGGCAAAAUCCAUACUGGUGUCAGUCCUGCCAUCAAGAACCGCGCGGCAUUCGGUGAAUUCAUCACUGCACAGGUUAAAACCAUGAGUUUCUUGGCAUAUUUGCUCAGGGCGCACUCUCAACAACUCACAGAUUUCCUGCAGAACUUGCCUGACGUCGUCGUGCGACUGCUAAAAGACUGCCCGAAGGAGAAGUCCGCUACACGAAAGGAGCUUUUGAUUGCUAUCCGACACAUCAUCAACUACAACUGCCGCAGAAUCUUCCUACCCAAAAUUGACGAGCUUCUUGACGAGCGCACGUUGACUGGCGAUGGGCUAACAGUGUACGAGACAAUGCGGCCUCUAGCAUAUAGCAUGCUCGCGGAUCUCAUACACCACGUGCGAGAUUCUCUGAGCCCGGAGCAGAUUCGCAAGACAGUGGAAGUUUAUACAAGGAACCUGCAGGACCCGUUCCCCGGAACCAGUUUCCAGACGAUGAGCGCUAAGCUUCUACUAAACAUGGCUGAGUGCAUCGCGAAGCUGCCUAACAAAGUUGAUGCCCGACACUAUCUCAUGAUGAUCCUCAACGCCAUUGGGGAUAAGUUUGCUGCUAUGAACCGACAGUACCCGAAUGCUGUUAAACUGUCAAAGCUCUAUCACCAGCAGCAGGAGAGUAGCGCUCCGGAGACAUAUCUCGCAGAUAAGGAGAACCCCCCUGACUGGGAUGAAAUCGACAUCUUUUCCGCUAUGCCGAUCAAGACCUCGCACCCACGUGAUAGAGGUUCUGACCCCGUUGUCGAUAAUAAGUUUCUUUUUAAAAAUCUUAUGAAUGGUCUGAAAAACACAUUUUAUCAGCUGCGAACAUGCAACGUGGGCACCACGAUUGACCCAGCGAAUGCCCCCUCGCACUGGCAGGAGGUAGCAUAUGGGUUCACUGCGGAAGAGGUCAAUGUCAUAGUGAAACUCUUCCGCGAGGGAGCCUACGUGUUCCGAUACUAUGAGAUUGAGAAGCCGACGAUUGAAUCCCAGUACUCUUCGCCCGUCGAGCAAAUGGCAAAUUUCUACAUGAUAUCGAGCUCGAAAGAAGAGAAAGAUCUGCUCGAAACAUUUGCCACCGUCUUUCACUGCAUCGACCCUGCCACUUUCCACGAAGUUUUCCAGCAAGAGAUCCCACAUCUGUACGACAUGAUCUUUGAGCAUACAGCGCUGUUGCAUAUACCCCAGUUUUUCUUAGCCAGCGAAGCGACAUCGCCCAGCUUCUGCGGCAUGUUACUGCAGUUUCUCAUGGACCGAAUCGAUGAAGUCGGCUCAGCCGACGUCAAGAAGGCCUCCAUCUUGAUUCGUCUCUUCAAGCUGGCGUUUAUGGCUGUGACUCUAUUUGCCAGUCAAAACGAACAGGUUCUCCUCCCUCACGUGGUCAACAUUGUUACCAAGUCGAUUGAGCUCUCGACCAAGGCCGAGGAGCCCAUCAACUAUUUCCUUCUACUGCGUGCCCUCUUCCGUAGUAUAGGAGGCGGAAAAUUCGAACAGCUCUACAAGCAAAUAUUGCCGCUGCUCGAAAUGCUGCUCGAUGUUCUCAACAACCUCCUUAUGGCCGCGCGUAAACCUUCAGAGAGGGAUCUCUAUGUCGAACUGUGCCUUACUGUUCCGGCACGACUCAGCCAUUUGCUGCCGCAUUUGAGCUUUCUUAUGCGGCCUCUCGUGGUUGCUCUGCGCGCUGGCACCGAUUUGGUUGGGCAGGGUCUCCGAACGCUGGAGCUUUGUGUUGACAACUUGACAACUGAUUAUCUGGAUCCAAUUAUGGCUCCAGUGAUCGACGAGCUCAUGACUGCGCUUUUUGACCAUUUGCGACCGCAUCCGUAUAACCACUUCCACGCGCACACUACCAUGCGCAUUCUUGGGAAACUCGGAGGUCGAAACCGCAAAUUCAUGACCGCGGCGGUUCCACUCUCCUAUAAGACAUAUGCAGACGAUUCGUCAAGUUUCGAUGUCCGCCUUCUUGGCUCCAAGCACGACAGAGCUUUCCCUGCCGACCUGGGUAUCGAUUUUGCCAUCCAAAAGCUCAUGGAGGUUGUUAAGAAUGGGAAAGGCACUCAAAACAAACAUCAUGAGGACUACUAUAAGGGGCAAGCGUUACACUUCAUCAAGACACAGUUGAAGCUUCGUAUCGGUUACGAUCAAUUACCGGAAGACCUGCCGCGUGUUGUUCGACUACAGGCCCAGGACUUACUUGCCCGCAAACUCGACAUCAACUUUGCCCCCUUCGAGAUCUCGAGUCGUGACAAGUCGAUCCCCAAAAAAGAUGAGCAAGACCAAAUCACAAAGCGUCUUCUCAAGGCAGUCAUGUUUGCUUACUCGAUCCCUGACUUCAAAGAGAGUGCCUCCGCUUUCAUGCAGGACAUCUGCAGACACUUCGCCUUGAUCGAGAUUGGAAGGUCACUCGUCGACUUCAAGCGCAACACGAGUCCGUUUGAUCCAAAGGCUGGCGAGGGCCCGCUCUCCAUCGAUACGCGUGUGCUCUCUGAUGCUAUUGUUGAGUCAUUGGCCUCUGACCACCCUGACGUUCGUGAGGCAGCGCAAAAUGCCAUUCGCGAUCUUUUCCAGUGCGCUACUAUUGUGCUGGGGUCCCCCGACAAUGUCGGCCGACUGCCUCUGUUCAGCCAUCUAAGCAGCACCUUCUGUCACAGCUGCUACGAGGAGGAGUGGUUUACGAAGGCUGGUGGCAGUCUUGGCAUCAACUUCCUUCUAACUGAGCUUGAUUUCGGCGACCAAUGGGUUGCCACCAAGCAGAUGGAGUUCAUUCGGUCGCUCAUGUACGUCAUUAAGGACAUGCCCUCGGAUCUGCCGGACAAGACCAGAUGCCUCGCCCAAGCCAGCUUGGAAGUGCUUCUCACCCGCAUCACGAAGAACAUCACGAAAGAAGAUGCGUUGCCUCUUCCGCAACAACAAGGGCAACCCCUGGUCAAGCAGCCCCGUCUGGCUCAAAUUUGCAUGCAGUUCAAUAAUGAGUUGUUCCACAUGAACAAAUUUGUGCGUGAGACUGCGAAGGAGUCUCUUGAGCUCAUUGCCAAGGCUGCCGGCUGCGAAGUUUGGCUUUUAGUUGAACCUUAUCGGGAUCGAUUUUUGCAACCAAUCUACGCCAAGCCUCUCCGUGCCUUGCCCUUCGCUAUUCAGAUCGGAUAUAUCAAUGCUAUGACUUACCAUAUGAGUCUCAAGAGCGACUGGGUCAAGUUUGACGAGAAUCUUAACCGACUACUUAUGGAGUCUCUCGCCCUUGCGGACGCCACUGAUGAGUCCCUGGCCAAUAAGCCAGCCGAGUUUCGCACCCAUGAGCACAUCGUCAACUUGCGCAUCUCCUGCAUCAAGCUGCUCAGCACAGCCAUGUCUUUUGAAGAUUUCGCAAACGGACCUACCAAAGGAAGGAUACUAUCCGUCUUCUUCAAGUGCCUGUACUCGGACUCGAAGCCCACGAUAGCUGCGGCUAACGACGCCCUGAAAUCUAUCCUUCUCGUCGAUAGGAGACUCCCGAAGGAUUUGCUCCAAGGCGGUCUGCGUCCCGUGCUGCAAAGCCUGUCCGACCCCAAACGCCUCAAUGUCAACGGACUCGAGAACCUGUCUCGCCUGCUGAAGUUACUUACGAGCUAUUUCAAGGUGGAGAUUGGAGUGCGCUUGCUGGACCAGGUAGACUCUAUUGUUGACCCCAAUGCCUGGCAGCAGAUUUCCUUCACGUUUUUUGAGCAAAACCCUCAGAUGAAGGUCAUCGCAGCAAUUUUACAUAUUUUCCAUCUGCUACCUAUGCAGGCCGAGGCCUUCAAGGAUCGACUCAUUGAUUGCCUACUAACACUUGAGGAUCGCCUGAGAAGAACACACCAAAGCCCAUUCAGGGCGCCUAUGUACUUGUACAUGAACAGAUAUGCCAAGGAGGUUUGGAGCUAUUUAGUCAGCAAGAUCGACGAACUCAAGUAUGGCAGGCUUCUUGCUCAGGUGCUCUUACAUCCUGACAGCGGUCCUAUGCGCGAGGUUGCCGCCGCGGAGUUCGAGACCCUUCAAAAAAGGUGCAUUGAGGUUGUUGCCCAAAACAACGAGAAGAAGUUCACCGCCAUGAUCAACACUAUCCACGUGCUGGACUCGCUUUCCCAGUACCCAGAUGCAUGCAAAUGGAUGGACAAGAAGGAACACAUUGUUUGGCUGAAGAAGAUGGGCAAGGAUUUGGAGAGCCACCUGCGCAGCUACACAUGCCCCGCUGCCAUGCGCUUACCCGCCCACCAGGCAGCUGAACAACUGAUGGAUGUUCUGGUCAAGACUUUGGAACGAUCUCCGAAGGACCUGGACGCGCUCUUCAGCCUCAUCGAACCUGUCACGGCUGAGGAGCUCCGUUCCACUCAGUCGCUCUUCUCCUUCAUUUACAAGGAUAUUAUCUCCAGCGAUUCAAUCGAUUUCUGGAGGACGACGGUUCUGCGAUGCUUGGACGCGUACUCAGCCAGAAAUGGCUCCAACAAGACAAAGUACUUUUUGCUGCAUAACAUUGUUAACCCGAUUGUUGCAAUGGAUGUCAUGAGACGCUGGAAUCAGCCAGAGCAAGACAAAUCACAACGUUUCAUGGACAAGUCUGUCAUCGAUGCAGUAAGCUCCAAGAUCUGGAAGGUCCAUCCAGAUAUGGCCUCGGACGAUGCAGCCGGUAUCGACCACACAAGAUUCGAGGUCCUCCAGCUCUCAGCAAUGCUUGUCAAGUAUUAUUUCACUACCUUGCAGGAAGCUCGCAAGGAUAUCAUCAAGUUCGGCUGGACAUUUAUCCGCCUCGAAGAUAUUAUCAACAAGCAUGCUGCUUAUGUCGUCAUCGGUUAUUUCAUAGCGCACUACGAAACACCGACAAAGAUUGUGAAUCAAGUGUACCUGUCUCUGUUGAAGACGAAUCAGAACGAGGGGCGUGCACUGGUGACGCAAGCCCUCGAACUGAUUGCACCUGUUUUGCCGAAGCGCUGCGCCACGCUACCGACCGAGAAGUUCCCUGCUUGGCAGGUUGCACCUCGCCGCAUACUAGCCGACGAAGGACAUAAUGGUCAGCAAAUGAUGAGCAUCUUCCAGUUUCUUGUCAAACACCCAGAGUUAUUCUACGAAGCGCGUGACAAGUACACCGUGCUUAUCAUCACUUCUUUGCGCAAGGUCGCCGCGCCACCAAAUCCCUCCCAUGAACAUAAGAAGCUGGCUCUUAAUAUGAUGUGGCUGAUUUGGACCUGGGAGCAGUGGCGCGUUGAAGGAAGAACCGGCAUAAUUGCGGGAUCCGUUUCGCCCGUUUCUAAGAAGCGUAAACUCGACAGCAUUGACCAGCCCAUUGCUUCACCCGCGGCUGCCAAGACCACCCCCGAGUAUCUCAUUCCUCCAGGCUUCCGACAAAAGAUGCUCAAGUUCCUGGUUGAAUUCAUUGCGCAGCUCAAUGAGCGUUACGUGCUUCCUUCCGCCAAGCCGCGCGAGCCAACACCCACGACGAUGCCUGUGCCACAGACAUCUACAGAGCUUUGCAAAAAGGCCAUGUCACUGCUUCACAAUUUGGUUCAACAUCGGUACUGGGGCGACCUGGAGCUUGAUUUGUUCCCCAAUGUCACGGACGUCAUGCUCGCCAGUGAGAAGACGCAGGUUAUUCUUAAUGCCGACCCAUCCGACAAGGAGAAGUACGACGACAAGUUCCUCACGAGCAUCAUCAAUACCCUCCAAGUUGUCCGUAUUCUUCUGAAUGCGAAGCCGGACGACUGGAUCCAGAAGAACAUCCCUGCUGUGCAGAAGGUUCUAGAGAAAUGUCUCAAAUCCGAAAACCCCGAAAUCCAAGACUGCCUGCAUCUCGAAAACAAGAAAUACGACGACGGCCGCGAAUUGAAGUCUACUAUCAAGCGUAUUUUAGAUGCUGUCCCCGAAGACACUCCGAUGGAGGACGCUGAUGCCGAUGGCGAGCCUGAAGUACCUACUUCUGAGAUCAUCGCCUACCUCUCUCAGAUCGCGACGGAACAAAUGAACAGUGCUUCCUACUUUUCUGGCGUCAAUAUCCUGUGGUCCCUCGAGGAUCGUAAACCUGCAGUUAUCGAUCAGCACAUUCCUUCUCUCAUGAAGGCCCUCCAGAGCAAACAUGCCCGAGAACAUGUCCAACACUACAAUGCCCUGUCAAAUGCCGCUAACGGAGCUCAGCGUGCCGCCGAUGCUCCUGCAACCACUGGCGAGCUUCCGGCAUACGAGCUAGAGUUGCAAACGCGAUUGAUGAUCAAGGAAAUACAAGUGGUUGCGCUGAGAAUGGAGACUCUGGGCGAUAAUCGACGGCCUUUUCUGAGUGUAUUGGCUACUUUGGUGGAAAAGUCACUACACAUUGAUCUCUGCACAGAGAUUCUGAACAUGGUUGAGAGCUGGGUGUUUCGAGUUGAAGGUACGUGGCCAACACUUAAGGAGAAGACGGCCGUUCUUCAUAAGAUGCUCUGCUUUGAGCACAGACAAGACCCCACCUUGCUUUCAAAGUUUCUGGAGCUGGUGAUCAAGAUCUACGAAGAUCCCAGGAUUACGAGAACUGAGCUCACCGUGCGUAUGGAGCAUGCUUUCUUGAUCGGAACCAGAGCUACGGAUGUUGAGAUGCGCAACCGUUUCAUGGCCAUAUUCGACAGGAGCCUUUCCAAGACUGCUAGCGUACGCCUAUCGUACAUUCUGACCGCACAGAACUGGGAUACCCUUGCCGAUUCCUACUGGCUUGCGCAAGCUUCGCAUCUGCUGUUUGGAGCUGUCGAGAUGAACACGGCUAUUCAGCUACACUCAGAAGACUACCGGGUAUUAUCGGCAUCCCAACUCGCGGCUGUCUACGCAAAGGACAACACUCGUGAGCCUACUUCCAUGUCGGAUGACAAGUUUGAGGAAUUGAUGUCAAAGCACCGUCGUUUCGUCCAUGAGCUGGGCGAGGUCAAGGUCCGAGAUGUUAUCGAACCACUAGCGCAGCUGCAGCACGCCGACAACCAACUUGCCCACCAGCUUUGGCUGGCCUUGUUCCCUAUGUUCUGGUCAGCGACGGCUCGUGAUGAUCGCCCUGACCUGGAGAGAGGUAUUGUCGCUCUCUUAACAAAGGACUACCACAGCCGCCAGAUUGACAAGCGACCAAAUGUUGUUCAAUCUCUUGUUGAAGGAGCCGGUAAGACUUGGCCAGAAUGCCGAUUGCCGCCCCACGUACUCAAAUUUGAGGCGAAGACGUAUGACGCUUGGUAUGCUGCUCUUGUGCAGCUAGAAAAUUCCGCUAUUAAACCCAUGGGUGACUCGGCUACGGUCAGGGAAAGCAAUCUUGACGCCUUGGUCGACCUGUAUGGGUCGUUGCAAGAAGACGACUUGUUUUACGGAACUUGGCGUCGCCGUUGCCAGUUCGUGGAAACCAACGCCGGCCUAUCCUACGAACAGAAUGGCAUGUGGGACAAGGCGCAGAAACUAUACGAAAAUGCGCAGAUCAAGGCUCGAACUGGCGUCAUUCCCUUUUCGCAAGCAGAGUACAUGCUUUGGGAGGAUCAUUGGGUUCUCUGUGCCCAAAAGUUACAGCAAUGGGAGAUUCUGCAAGAUUUUGCGAAGCACGAAAACUUUCAAGACUUGCUGCUGGAAUGCGCGUGGCGUAGUACGGAAAUGUGGCAGGACGAACAGAGUCGCGAAGCUCUGGACAAUAUCAUCAAAGGUGUCAUGGAUGCGCCCACUCCUCGCCGGGCCUUCUUCCAGGCGUUCAUGUCCUUGCUCAAGUACCACAACCAGCAGGAGUCUAUCACCGAUUUUAGUCGUGUCUGCGACGAGGCGAUUCAACUUUCCAUCCGCAAAUGGCAUCAGCUGCCUGGCCGGUUGACCAAUGCCCAUAUCCCACUUCUGCAGAAUUUUCAGGAGCUUGUUGAGAUGCAUGAUGCCAGUGUCAUCUGCCAAAGCUUGGCGAGUACGACUGCUUCCAACCUCGAUGUCAAGUCGGGGGAGCUUAAGCUGCUGUUGGGUGCUUGGCGUGACCGCCUCCCGAACGUUUGGGACGAUAUUACUGCCUGGCAAGAUCUUGUGACGUGGCGACAGCACAUCUUUGGUCUUAUCAAUCACACCUACCUGCAACUGCUGCCUCCGCAGGGAGCUCAAAACGGCGGAGGCGCAUCUUCGUUUGCCUACCGCGGUUACCACGAGACUGCCUGGAUCAUCAACAGAUUUGCCCACGUCGCGCGCAAGCAUAACCUGCCCGAUGUCUGCAUUAGCCAACUGAGUCGCAUCUACACGCUGCCGAACAUCGAGAUCCAGGAGGCUUUCCUCAAGCUUCGCGAGCAAGCCAAGUGCCACUAUGAAAACCCCGAGGAACUCAACAGUGGACUGGACGUCAUCAACAACACCAAUCUCAACUACUUUAAUCCCCAGCAAAAGGCCGAAUUCUACACGCUCAAGGGCAUGUUCCAGGAGAGGUUGAAGCACAAGGACGAAGCCGAUGCCGCCUACGGUACCGCGUUAUACUUUGAUAUCGGCGCGGCGAAGGCAUGGGCCGAAUGGGGCCACUUCAAUGAUCGCAAGUUCAAAGAAACCCCAUCCGAUCUCAAUGCCGCUCGACAAGCCCUCACCUCGUACUUGCAAGCUGCGGGUAGUUACAAGAAUGCCAAAUCACGCAAGCUUCUUGCUCGCAUCUUGUGGCUGCUCAGCCUCGACGAUGCCAGGGGCACCAUUGCCAUGGGUUUUGACGACUUCAAGGGCGAAACUCCCGUUUGGUAUUGGAUCACGUAUAUCCCGCAGCUCCUCACUGGCCUGGGUCACAAGGAGGCACCCCGCGUCUACCAGAUCCUCCUCAGCAUUGCCAAGUCUUACCCUCAGGCGCUGUACUUCCAGCUUCGCACCAACCGAGAAGACAUGCUGGUCAUUAAGAAGAGCCAGGAAGCCAAGGAGAAGGCGCGCCAGCGUCAGCAGUCCAUGGCCAGCAACAAGGCGAGCGCUUCGCCGUCUGUAUCCAAGUCUGACACGCCCAAGCCCGAGAGCGCAUCUAGGCCUGGUACUGCCAACAAUGCCGACACCGCUGUCAAGACCGAGGGCGAUGCCGCUACGCCGGCAACCCCUGCUACUCUAGCCGCAGCCUCAACUCCUGCUACUGGGCCAGAAGCCAAAAACCCGGCACAGGCUGCCCAAAAUGGCCAGAACGCGAAGAAGCCUCCUUGGGAGCUUACAGAAGAAAUCAUGUCGGUCCUCAAGACAGCCUUUCCUCUGCUGGCCCUGUCGAUGGAGACCAUGGUGGACCAGAUUCAAAAACACUUCAAGUGCCCACCCGACGAGGAUGCCUACCGACUGAUUGUUGCUCUACUUAAUGAUGCUUUGACAUAUGUUAGCCGCACGCCUCCAUCAUUUGCUAGAAGUGUUAAACUUCCUUCGGCGACAGAGACCAAUAUUACGCGAUUCGCCGAAACAAUCUUGCCGAGCCACAUCAAGAAGUCGUUUGAAGCAGACUUUGUGGAUGUCAAGCCAACUAUGUACGAAUACAUCCACAAGUUGCGUCGCUGGCGCACCAAGUUCGAGGAGAAGCUGGAUCGCCGGAUAUGCCAUACUCCCCUCGAGGCUUUCUCGCCUCACCUGAGCGAGUUCCGCUACCAAAAGUUUGACGACGUGGAAGUGCCGGGCCAGUACUUGCAGCACAAGGACAAGAAUCAAGAUUUUAUUCGCAUCGAGCGCUUCUUACCAAACGUUGACCUCGUGCGUUCGAUCAGUGCUUCGUAUCGGCGUCUUAAGAUGCGUGGCCACGAUGGCAGUGUUCAUUCGUGGGCUGUUCAGCACCCAGCCGCACGGCACUGUCGCCGUGAGGAGCGAAUUCUACAGCUCUUCCGCCAGCUCAACCAGACUCUGGGACGCAAGAAGGAGAGUCGACGGCGCGACUUGCAGUUUACGCUACCGCUCAUGGUUCCCCUGGCGCCUCACAUUAGAAUUGUGCAGGAGGACACGUCGUACAUUACGCUGCAUGGCAUCUACGAAGAUCAUUGUCGACGCAUGGGGAUGCAAAAGGAUGAACCUGUCCUGUUCACACUGGAUAAGCUUCGCGGCGUGCUGGAAAACAAGGGCCAGGGCAAGCCAGAACUUACGCCGACAGCACGUCUCGAGGUGUUCAACGCGAUCCAGGAGAAGUGGGUGCCACCGACGGUUGUCUUGGAAUACUUCCAGCAGAUAUUCCCUCAGUUUGCCGAAUUUUGGCUGUUCCGUCGGCAGUUCUCGUACCAGCUGUCGUCACUCACGUUUAUGACGUAUAUUCUGUUUAUGCACAACCGGUACCCUGGCAAGAUGAACAUUGCGCGGGGGUCAGGCAACAUUUGGGGCUCGGAGCUCAUGUCGUUUAUGGGAGCCAACAAGCCGUUCUUCCACAACCCUGAGCCGGUGCCGUUCCGGCUCACGCCCAAUCUACAAACGCUCAUGGGCCCGCUGGCGACGGAAGGUAUCUUUGCGUGCGCCGUCAUGGCGAUUGCGCGCUGCCUGACGGAGCCCGAGGACGAGCUGGAGCAUGCGCUGACGCUAUUUGUGCGAGACGAAAUGAUUUUCUGGCUCACGAGCAGUCACCGCAACGGGAUUAGCGAGAGCCAGCUGCGCGAGUCGGUGCAGGUCAACAGCGACUCGAUUGUGAAGCGGGCAGCGAGCCUGGCGCACAACCCUUCGGGCAACUUGCCUGCUAACCAGACAGUCAUUGAUGCGAUCGCCCAGGCAGUGAACCCAAUGAACCUGGCGCAGUGCGAUGUUCUGUGGAUGCCAUAUCUGUAG